AUGAGCAGCAACGACGCUCCAGUCGAGAAGGAUUUCCAGAACGGCUACCACCUCGACAGCAGCAUGGAUCCCGAAACCGCAUUGAAGCGAAUCCAGACCACUGGGUCGCUGUCCAUCAGCCCUGAGCUCUUCGAGAAGAUCUACCUUUCACCGCAGAAUCGCGUCGCCGGUGAUUUGCGAAAGACAUUCGGUAACCCAACGCCAUUGGCCCUCGCCGGUUUCCUACUCUCCCUCACUCCCCUAUCCUGCGACUUGAUGGGCUGGCGCGGCGCCGGCGGCAACGGAGCAGCAUCGACCGGUGUCUACUUCUUCUUCGGCGGUCUUCUCAUGAUUCUAGGAUCUCUGGGCGAGUGGGUUCUUGGCAACACCUUCCCUUUCGUCGUCUUCGGAACCUUCGGUGCUUUCUGGCUCGCAUACGGAGCAACUCUCCAGCCGUUCUACAAUUCAUAUGGCGCGUACAAGGACCCAAUGAAUCCCGAGUCGACUGGUUUGGAAACACCAGGCUUCAACGCAUCGUUCGCCUUCUUCCUCCUCUUCAUGGCCCUCCUCUGCUUCUUCUACAUGAUCCUCGCCCUGCGCACAAACCUCAUCUUCUUCCUCAUCUUCUUCACCCUCACCCCGGCCUUCUGCUUCCUCGCCGCCGCCUUCUGGUACCAGGCCGCCGACUACGAGGGGAACGCCGAGUACGCCAAGACCCUCGUGCUCGCCGCGGGUGCCUUUACGUUCGUCACGGACCUGCUGGGCUGGUAUAUCUUCUUCGCCAUCUUGUUGGCGUCGUUGGAUUUCCCGUUUCAGUUGCCCGUGGUGGAUUUGUCGAGGUGGGUUAAGGGGGGUUCGGAUAAGAAGCCGAAGCACUCUGAGUAG